AGUCAGUCACGCUUCAGCCAGUCAGCAGCGUCAGGUACGUUGUGGUUGUGUGAGAGACCUGAGAGAGGAGAGGCGGAGAAGAGAAACUCAACCUCAAGGAAGGAGAACAGACAGCCUGCCAUAUGUGUGGCUCCUCUCAAGGCUUUAAGGCCUCCUCUUCUGAAUGCACCACAGACAUGUUAGCCUCAGAGAGGUCACCGCAGAGCAUAGGAGCCACCACUGUAGCUUUGACAGAUACACAGGAAGAUAUGAGAUUAUGGAGCGAGUCUGAUUUUGAGGAGAAGUGCACUUACAUUGUGAAUGACCAGCUUAUUGAUGAAGAGUCCAAAAGCCAUGGCAAGACAAGAGCUGAGAGAUCCUUACCCAGAAACCUCACCUUGAAACGCAGCCACAACUCUAGAGAGGUGCUUGGGGUGACCAGUAAAGAGUUUAUUCCAAAGGGAAGCCGUUUUGGCCCUUUCGUUGGCAAAAGCUACACCAGUAAAACAUUGCCUAAAGAUGCAGACAGUCGCUACUUCUGGACGGUUUUCUCAGAUGGGCAAAUUCAUCACAUCCUGGAUAGUUUGAAUGAGGAACAAAGCAACUGGAUGCGCUAUGUCAACCCAGCACGAUCAGUAGAGGAGCAGAAUCUAGUUGCCUGCCAGACUGGCCUGAACAUCUUCUUUUACACAAUUAAACCUCUUCAGCCAGGUCAGGAGCUACUGGUCUCGUACAGCCAUGAAUUUGCCCAGCGCUGUUACUAUCCUCAUCUUCAACAAUUAGCUGCUGACAAAAAUGAGCAAAUCCAGGCUCAUGAGAGGACAAAAGGAAAACGAGGACACACUGUUUCUGAGAUUCUCAGAGAUGAACCUCUCAAACCUAAGUCUAUCUGUCUCAGAAACCAGGACUGUCAGGUGUUUCAGACAGGUGUCUCAAUUUUUCCCUCGUGUCCGAGCGUUGUAUAUCCAAUACAGGCCAACUUGGAAUCUGGAUAUAACUACGGAUAUCUCCCUUUGCCACCUUUGGCACCGUAUGGCACUGCUACAGCCAAAAGGCCAGAGAUAAGUAGUCCCUUUCCAACUGGUUUGCAUAUUGCCCUGCAACACACUCAAGAUCCUGGCAAAACUGAACCUCACCAAGGACCAUGUGUGCCGAGUGAGAUUCUCUCCAAUCUUAGACACAGUUCUUACCUAGUGCCACACUACUCACUGGGCCUUCUGCCACAUACAUUACCAUUCUACAGUGAAAGACUAAAACCACACUUGACAAAUUCAUCAGAUUUCAUGCCUUUCAACAGCUAUGCACACUUCCUACAUCCUUCAGGUAGUGGAUCCAAAGACUUAUCACUUGCAUCAUCAAAUUGCAAACAGGAACUCAUUCUUUCACAAAGUAGUGAGCACAAAGGUAACAAUGACCUCUACUCAAAAAAGGCAAACUACCUCAAGAAAACUUCCAGUGACCUCAGUGAUGUCAAACACUCUGCUUGCACAAACGUCUACACAGACCUCAGUGUGUCUAGUAAGGCCAGCUCUUCUCCCGUUGACUUUAAACUCUGUAAAGAAAAUCCUUUUGCACCUCGGGAAUGUUCACCCCCUGUCGGUACUGCUGCCUCCUCAAACUACCUUCCUUCCAGACCUACCUCUGCCAAUCAGGGCAAUACUGAAGAUGCACUGGAUCUUAGACGGCAAAAGAAAGAAGGGUCAAUCAUUGGCUACAAGACCCUUUCUUACCCACUUAAAAGGCAAAAUGGAAAAAUUCGUUAUGAAUGCAACAUCUGUGGAAAGGUCUUCGGGCAGCUGUCCAAUCUCAAGGUUCAUCUAAGAGUUCACAAUGGGGAGCGUCCGUUUAAGUGUCAGACCUGUAACAAGAACUUUACUCAGCUGGCACACUUGCAAAAACAUUACCUAGUUCACACAGGAGAGAAGCCUCAUGAGUGCAAGGUGUGCCAUAAGCGAUUUAGCAGCACUAGCAACCUUAAGACCCACCAACGGUUGCACUCAGGUGAGAGGCCUUACCAGUGCAAGCUCUGCCCAGCCCGAUUUACUCAAUAUAUCCACCUCAAACUUCACAAACGGUUGCACACAGGGGAAGGGACCCACCGAUGUCCUCGCUGCCCCUCUACUUAUCUUCACCACUGCAGCCUACAGGUCCACCUCCAAGGCUUCUGCCCCCUGUCCCCCUCAGCAUCCCGUAGGCUGUCACCUGAGGAGCUACAACGAGUCAACUCUGAGAUAGAGAGGUUCGACAUGAGUGAGGCAGCAGAGCAGCUCGAUGUUAUGGCCACUGACACAGAAACAAACAAAGGGAAUGUCAUUGACCUCAUACAAAAGAUAGAAAAUAACAUCUUAAGCUUCCAGGAUGCUGUCAAAGUGAAGACUGAGCUGAACAUCGGCAACGGAGUGUACCAGUGCUCAGAUGCGCUGUCUCAGUCACAUAGUUUUAUGACCGACAAGCGUGAAGCUGGAGCAAGGAUGCAUUUCAGAGAGUGACCUGCUAUUCCAACCAAAUAAUCAUUAGAACCCAGCUCAGCAGCUGUCUGUUACUGUUUGAAGUAAAGCCUUUUCUAAAUCACACAUUGCCUAUUAAGUCUACAAAGAUUUGAGUGCAUGGCUAGUCUAAACAUUGCCAAAAUGACCAAAUACUUCAGUGAUUUAUUUUCCUUAUGUGUGUAUAAUUUAUUAUUUUACCAAUUUGAAACUAAUAUGUAUCAAAGUGGAUACUUGCUAUAUUUUGUUGAAUAUUUUUAAACAUUUGCAUACAGUAAUAAAUUAUUGCC